UUUCUUAUUUUGAAUAUUUGAGUCUAGUUCUUGGUUGUAAAAUUCCUAAAUGUUAAACUUGUGGUGUUUUAUCUUAAGCAAAUCAAAUAGUUAUAAUUAAAAUGUUGUAAAUUAUCCAUGGGUAAGGAUUUUUCAAGCACCCCAAGAUGUAUGUCAAGUCAAUGGUUAUUGAAGGUUUCAAGUCUUAUGGCCAACGAACCGAGAUUAAAGAUUUUGAUAGACAGUUUAAUGCCAUUACUGGGUUAAACGGUAGUGGCAAAUCAAAUAUUUUGGAUGCUAUUUGUUUCGUCUUAGGAAUUACGAAUUUAACUCAUGUUCGUGCUGGAUCACUACAAGAGUUGGUGUACAAAAGCGGGCAAGCCGGAGUUACAAAGGCUUCCGUCACCAUCACAUUUGACAACCGAGACACUAGCAAGUCUCCUCUCGGAUAUGAGAAGUACGAUGAGAUCACUGUUACUAGACAGACGGUGGUCGCAGGCAAGAACCGAUACAUCAUCAACGGUGUGACAGUACAAAACAAGAGAGUCAACGAUCUGUUCAACUCUGUGCAACUCAAUGUCAACAACCCCCACUUUCUCAUUAUGCAAGGGCGGAUCACUAAAGUACUCAACAUGAAACCCCCAGAGAUAUUAUCAAUGAUUGAAGAAGCUGCAGGAACUCGAAUGUACGAGACGAAAAAGCAACAAGCUGAAAAAACCAUUGAGAAGAAAGAUGCCAAGCUGAAGGAGUUAAACGAUUUGAUCAACGAGGAGAUUGGUCCGAAGCUAGCCAGACUCAAGGAGGAGAGAGGACAGUACUUGGAACUGCAGAAGGUACAAAGAGAGUUGGAACAUCUCACUAAGAUAUCAAUAGCCUGGAACUUCAUGAGACUGGAGGAGGCUUGCAAUAACCAGGAACUAGAGUUGGAAGAGACAGUGCAGACUUUGGAUGGCACCAAAAAGAAGAUUGAAGAUUCAAACAAAGAGAUGUCUGAUAUUGAUGGCAAGAUUGAAGAGCUCAGGCAAAUCAGAGAUGCUGAAACUGGUGGCAAAUUGGCCGAUUUGGAAAAAGAACUUUCAGAACGUGAAAAAGAAGAAGCCAAGGCCGUGGCUAAAAUGAAGAGUGGCAAGGAAAACGUUGCCUCGGAGGAAAAGAAAAAGAAGCAACUGGAGAAGAGUCUAAAGGAUGACGAGGCAGCGCUGAAGGAGAAAGAGAAGGUGUUGAGUAAAGCAGAGGAUGUGUUCCUACGACUGAGACAAGCAGACGAGGAGGACAGCAAAGCUCUGGAAGCAGCUCAGCGCAAGUACCAGGCUGUCAGCUCUGGUCUGCUGUCAUCAGACGACGGACAAGACGCUACACUGCAGGACCAGCUGAUGAAUGCAAAACAGGAGGUUAGCCGGCUGCAGACAGAGUCGAUGCAAUGUAACAUGCAACUGGAACACAACAGAAAUGAGCUGAAAACCAAGCAGAAGGACUUGAAGCAAGGAGAGACAGACUAUGCCAGGGAUGAGAAACAGCUGCAAUCUAUGGACAAGGAACUGGAGUCCCUCAGGCGGGAUUUGGGCAAAGUAAAUUAUGAGGAAGGAAAAAUAGAAGAAUUGGAAGACAGAAAACGUCAGCUUAACACAGACAUAAGAAAGAUGAGAGAUAAAGUUGAACAGUUCCAAGCUAGGAACUCUGCUCUCAGAUUCAACUACAGGGACCCGGAGCCCAACUUUGACAGGUCGGCAGUCAAAGGUCUGGUUUGUCAGCUGUUUAAAGUCAAGGAUCCAAAGUUUGCCAUGGCUUUGGAGUCUGCUGCAGGAGGAAGGUUGUACAACGUGGUGGUCGACAAUGAGAUGACGAGCAACAAAAUCAUCAAGAAGGGACAGCUGCAAAAGAGAGUGACCUUCAUCCCCAUAAACAAGAUACAAGGCAGCUCCAUUGACCAACGGACCAUACAGACAGCUCAGAGCUUGGUUGGCCCAGACAAGUGCUGGCCUGCGCUGAGUCUCAUCUCGUAUGACAGAUUGUACCAGCCUGUGAUGGAGUGGAUCUUUGGUCAAGUGUUUGUGUGCGACCAGAUGUCCACUGCCAGCAAGGUCACGUACCACAACAGUAUACGGAAGAAAUGCAUCACGUUGGACGGAGAUGUCACGGACCCUGGCGGCACCUUGUCUGGAGGUGCACCUAAGAGUGGAGGAUCAGUGUUGAUGCAGAUCGUAGAAUUCACAGAGAGCCAGAAGACUUUGUCCCAGCUUGAGGCAGAAUAUGCAAACAUUGACCAGCAGAUCCGGAUCAUUUCCAAGGACGCUGACAAGUACAACUCGCUGAAGCAGAGGCUGGAGAUCAGACAGGCGGAGGUGGAGAUGGUGAGGACCAGGAUACAACAGACAGCUCAUCACCAGCUGAGAACUGAGGUCAACCAGCUACAGGCCUCCCUAGAUGAAUUAUCCAAGAGAGUUAGUGAGUGUAAGGAAAAAGAAAAGGAGUUUGCAAAGAAAGUUAAGGAGCUGGAAGCUAAAGUAAAAGAUGCAAAAAACCUAAGAGAAAAAGAAUUGAAAGCUGCAGAACAAGAAAUGAAACGAUUACAGAAGAAGGCUGAGGAAAGCAGAAAUCAGUGGAAGGAAAGAGAACAGGAGUUUGAAACCUCAAAAUUAGAAAUAGAAGAAUUGAAGAAGAGCAUUGAGAAUGGACAGCAAGAAAUUGAAAAAUGUGUGGCUACCAUCGAACAACUGAAGAAAGAACUUGAAGAACUUACAGAGCAAGCGAAUCAAGCCAAGACAGAGGUUAAGGAGCUCCAGAAGCAAGUAAAGGACCAGAAGGAUGUUUUGUCAAAACAGAACAGCGAGAUUCAAGCGACACAGAAGCACAAAGCAUCGUUAGAAAAGGAAGUGAGCGAAAUGCAGUUGCAAGUGAUUGAGUUGCAGCACAAGAUUACUAAACUCAAGUCAGACUCAGGCAGCACUAAGGAUAAGCUGAACGACUUCUUGAAAGCCUACGAAUGGAUUGAGACGGACAGACAGUUCUUUGGUCAGCCGGACGGAAUGUACGACUUUAAGGCCAGUGACCCUCACGAAGCUCAGAAGCGAUUGGCUAGACUCAAGGAGACAAAGGAGAAACUCAGUAGGACUGUGAAUGCUCGGGCUGUCAACCUGCUGGGCAAAGAGGAGGAGCAGUACAAUGAGGUGAUGCGGAAGAAAGGAAUUGUAGAGAAAGACAAGCAGAAAAUUGUUGAUCUGAUCAAAGAGUUGGACGAGAAGAAGAAGGAAGCGUUGAGGUUGGCGUGGAAACAAGUGAACAAGGAUUUCGGGUCUAUCUUUGGAUCUUUGCUGCCCGGGGCUCAAGCUGCUCUGAAACCCCCCAGUGGGAGAGAUAUAUUGGAAGGAUUGGAGGUGAAGGUAGGGUUCAACGGUAUCUGGAAGGAGAGUCUGGGAGAGCUGAGUGGAGGUCAGAGGUCACUAGUAGCGUUGUCUCUUAUCCUGGCCAUGUUGUUGUUUAAACCUGCUCCGAUAUACAUUCUGGACGAGGUGGACGCAGCCCUGGACCUUUCUCACACACAGAACAUCGGCCAGAUGCUCAAGGCGCAUUUUAAACAUUCACAGUUUAUCAUCGUAUCGUUGAAGGACGGUAUGUUCAACAACGCCAACGUCUUGUUUCGUACUCAGUUUGUGGACGGGAUGUCAACCGUGUCAAGAACUACGCUGAAUGAAAAAAGAUCGUAAUUCUUUUACUCGUCUUUCCUGUACAAAGUGUAUAUAAAUACUCGUGCCUUUCGUUAUAGAUUAUUCCCUGUGAUAAGUAAUAAAAGUGUGUUCCACAUUGCUAAAUAAGUUUUAACAAUACCUGACUUUGGGCUUGCAGGAGAGGCCUAAUGUGAAAUUUAUGUUAAGUACAAGACUAGGUCCACUGAGACCUCGCAUGUAUGUUUACUGAGUGAAUCUCGCAUUUACUUAUACAGUUUUAAUAUCUUGAAUCAAUUGUGUAACAGUAAGAGAAGUCAACUUAAAAGUUUUAUGAUUUUCAAAUAUUGAUCUGAUUCAGAAUGUAUAUUAAGUCAAUUAUUUUACCUAAAACUUCAAUGAAUGCAUAGACUGCCAUGUUGUUCAAGAAACCUAAAGCUAAUCAGUAAGUACCUUUUUUAUGUUUUAAUAGUUAACAAAGACUAUGUUUCAUGUUUGGUAAUAAAAAGAUUAA